UAAUCGUCCUGAGGAAGUUCAGUACACAGUGAAACAUGGACUGUAGCGGAGGUGCUGAAAAGAAGACUUACAUGACCAUGAUUACCUUGGAGAUGAAGCCAUCAUCCAGAGCAUCUCAAACUCCAGGGUGGGGGUCGAGGAGCAAGGAGAACGGGGCAGCUCUGAAAGACAAAGAAAAGACAGAUGUGGGCUUGUGUAAAGCCAUCAACCCCAAGAGAAGAGCUGGUGGUGAAAUAAGCCCUGCGGUUGAGUUUGUGGACCCUGUGGAGAAGGUGCAGGUGCGUGUUGGGGAGACGGCACGGCUUCCCUGUUCCUUCCGCUGCUCGGGGCCUACGGCUUCCUGCUGGAUCCACAACAGGAAAAAGGUUGUGGUGGACGGAGAUCGCAAUCGCAUAGAGAGCAACAACAGUAGUAGUGUCCUGACCAUCUCUGAGGUUCUUCCUGUGGACGUGGGAAGCUACACAGUCUUUGUCCAGACUCGACGAGGCCUCGCUCAACAUACAGUUGUUCUCAGCAUUAUUGAUCGACCGGAACGCCCCGCCUCGUGUCCAUACGUGUCCCAGCUGACUCCCAGUUCUUUAGUUCUGUCCUGGAGCGGACCGAGUUACGACGGCGGUUCACAAAUCACAGAUUACAUAGUAGAGAUGAAAAGUAUUGGUGCAGCUAAUUCCGGAGACUGGAGUGUCCUCAGUUCCCACUGUAAGGACACAACAUACCGGGUCUGCUCAGGCCUUGACUCACAUGGCGAGUACCGCUUUCGGGUACGGGCCUGCAACAAAAUGGGCGUCAGCGACCCUGGUGAAGAGUCAGACUGCAUCAAGAUGGAUACAGCAGCGGAGCCACAGGACGAGCCACUCCCACAAGUCGAUAUCAUUGUUGACACCGUGCACAAAGUCAAAGAUUGCUACAACAUCCAUGAAAAAUUAGGAGUAGGGAAGUUUGGCCAGGUGUUCCGGUUGAGCCAUAAGGAGACGGGUCACGUGUGUGCCGGAAAGUUCUACCGUGCAUUUGCAUCCAAGGACAAAGAAGCAGCUAGAGAGGAGAUCAAGUUGAUGAAGGAGCUGUUCCAUCCGAAGCUUGUGCAGUGCCUGGGAGCGUUCGACACCCGCUCAGAGAUCAUCUUGAUCAUGGAGUACAUUGCCGGUGGUGAGCUGUUCGAGCGUAUCGUAGACGAUAAUUUCGAGCACACCGAGCCCACCAGCAUGCAGUACAUGCGGCAGAUCCUGGAGGGUGUCCUUUAUCUACACCGUAAAAACAUCGUCCACCUCGACCUGAAACCCGAGAACAUAGUGUGCCUCGACACCACCGGGACUCUCAUAAAGAUCAUCGACUUCGGCCUGGCCAGAAAACUCGAACCAGGAAAGCCUCUUAAGGUGAUGCACGGCACGCCCGAGUUUGUAGCUCCAGAGGUGGUGAGCUAUGAGGCUGUGGAUCUGGCGACUGACAUGUGGAGCAUCGGGGUGAUCUGCUACAUCCUAUUGAGCGGAGAGUCGCCGUUUCAGGGAAACACGGACGUGGAGACUCUCGCGCUCGUCACUGCAGCGACCUGGGAGUUCAACCCCGAGUUCGAAGACCUCACUGACGAGUCCAAGGACUUCAUCUGCAAUCUGCUAAAGAAGCAGAAAAGGGAGCGGAUGUCAUGUGAGCAGGCUUUGGCUCAUCCGUGGAUGGAUUCGGCGACCGGGCGAGUCACAAAAACCCUCAACAAAGACAAGAUGCGACGGUUCCUUGCCAGGCAAAGAUGGCAGAAAACCGGUAAAGCCGUGUUGGCGCUGAAGAGGAUGGCGCACCUUUCGAACAGAUCGGAUGGCUCGGAUGCUCCUUCUGGACACGUGAACGACACCGGUUUGGGGAAGGAAGCGGACGAGGCCGUUAGGGCUCUGGAGCAGCAACUAAAGACCAAGCCAAAUUUCCCACAAGCACUUCACGACCUUACAGAGCCCUGCGGUGCGACUGUACACAUGGCCUGUAUCGUAGAAGGUUAUCCCGACCCGGAAGUGGUGUGGCUGCUCGACGACGAGCUACUGGAGGAGACGGAGCGUGUGCAGAUCGAGUACAAAGAGGACGGGCUGUGUACACUCACCCUCGUCCGGGUGCAACCCAGGGAUUCUGGGACGUACAAGAUCCGAGCCUCUAACCACCUGGGCCAGGCGCUGUGUUCAGCAAGGCUCACUGUGGCCAACUAGAGGUGCUAGUGGUGCUAUCAUGGUGGGGGGG